CCAGCUGAGCCGGGGGUCUCACCAGAGCCCGGGGGUCCCAGCGGAGCCGGGGAUCCAAGAGGAGCCAGGGGUCCCAGCGGAGCCGGGGUUCUCACCAGAACCGGGGGUCCCACCAGAUCCCACCAGAACCGGGGGUCUCAGCUGAGCCGGGGGUCCCAUGGAGGCCGAAGGCUUCGCCCUCUGCCACGCGCCCGCGCUGCAGACCGAGGUGUUCCAGUACCGGCUGUGGGACGUGAACCAGCGCUCGCUGUACCUGCGCGACGGGCACCUGGUGGCCGGGCACCUGCAGGGCGCCAACGCCGCGCUGGAAGAGAAAGUGUUCUGGGUGCCCAACCGAGCCCUGGAGCCCGCGCGGCUGCCCGUGAUCCUGGGCAUCCAACACGGCUCCCGCUGCCUGAGCGCCGAGCGCGGCCCGCGCGGAGAGCCGCGCCUCAGCCUGCAGGACGUGGACAUCCGGGAGCUGCCCCGCGCCGGGGACAGCGCGGCCGCCUUCACCUUCUUCCGCUCCUACCGGGACGGGCUGUGGCGCUUCGAGUCGGCCGCGCACCCCGGCUGGUUCCUGUGCACGGCCCCGCGCGGCCACCAGCCCCUGGCGCUCUGUCGCCACCGCGAUGUCGCCUCCAACCUGAUCGACUUCUACUUCCAGCUCUGCUGAGCCACCCCGGCCCCCCGCGCGGGGACAGCCCACCCCAGGGAGGGUGACAUUCUCCUGGAGAGGGUGGCAUCCACCUGGAGAGGGUGACAUCCACCUGGGGAGGGUGACAUCCUCCUGGGGAGGGUGACAUCCUCAGCCCAGGGAGGGUGACAUCCCCACCAGGAUGGUGACAUCCUCCUGGAGACGGUGACGUCCUCAGCCCAGGGAGGGUGACAUUCCCCCGGGGAGGGUGACAUCCUCACUGGGAUGGUGACAUCUUCCUGGGGAGGGUGACAUCCUCAUCCCAGCGAUGGUGACAUCUUCCUGGGGAGGACGCCACCUCCCUACGGACGGCGACAUCCUCACCCAGGGAGGGUGACAUGUCCUUGCUCCUCGGUGGCAUCUUCUCCAGGACGGUGACAUCGCUUCAGGACAGCGCCACUCCCCGGAGGACAGCGCCAUCCCCCCGGGGACAAUGCCAUCCCUCUGGGGACAAUGCCAUCCCUCUAGGGACAAUGCCAUACCCCCG